CUACCUCCCUCCACCUCUGAGCAUUAGUGACAAGACUCCAUGGCUGUGGCUGGGGCCUCCUGCUCCAGCUCGGACACGGACGCGUUGGCACGGGAGCUGCUUCUGGUCGCACUAGAGGACUUGAGCCAGGAGCAGCUGAAACGCUUUCGCCACAAGCUGCGGGACGCGCCCCUUGAUGGCCGGAGCAUCCCAUGGGGGCGACUGGAGAACUCAGACCCUGUGGACCUCGUGGACAAGCUGACCCAGUUCUAUGGGUCAGAGCCAGCCGUGGACGUGACCCGAAAGAUCCUGAAGAAGGCAGAUGCUCGAGAUGUGGCAAUUCGGCUCAAGGCGCAGCAGCAGCAGCGGCUCGGCUCCAGCUUAGUAGUUGUCUCCUUGUCAGAGUACAAGAAGAAAUACCGUGAGCACGUGCUGCUACAGCACGCUAAAGUGAAGGAGAGGAACGCACGCUCGGUGAAGAUCAACAAGCGCUUCACCAAGCUGCUCAUCGCACCUGGGAGCGGCGCGGUGGAGGAUGAGCUGCUGGGGCCGGCGGAAGAGCCCCAGGCUGAGCGUGCGAGGCGCUCAGACACGCACACCUUUAAUAAGCUCUUCCGGGGAGAUGAGGAGGGCCUGCGGCCGCUGACCGUAGUACUGCAGGGCCCGGCGGGCAUUGGCAAGACCAUGGCCGCCAAGAAAAUCCUCUACGACUGGGCAGCAGGCAAGCUAUACCACGGCCAGGUGGACUUCGCCUUCUUCAUGCCUUGCGGCGAGCUACUGGAGAGGCCCGGUACGCGCAGCUUGGCAGACCUGAUCUUGGAUCAGUGCCCGGACCGCACGGCACCGGUGCGGCAAAUACUAGCACAUCCCCAGCGCCUACUGUUUAUCCUGGACGGUGCAGAUGAGCUGCCUGCCUUAGCAGCCUCGGAGGCAGCGCCCUGCACAGACCCUUUCGAGGCUACGAGUGGCUUGAGAGUGCUGAGCGGACUGCUGAGCCAGGAGCUGCUGCCCUUGGCUCGCUUGCUGGUGACUACGCGCAAUGUCGCUGCUGGGAGGCUGCAAGGCAAACUGUGCUCCCCACAGUGCGCAGAAGUGCGUGGCUUCUCAGACAAAGACAAGAAGAAAUAUUUCUUCAAGUUCUUCCGGGACGAGAGGAAGGCGGAGCGCGCUUACCGCUUCGUGAAAGAGAAUGAGACACUGUUUGCACUGUGCUUUGUGCCCUUCGUGUGCUGGAUCGUGUGCACCGUGCUGCAACAGCAACUGGAGCUGGGAAAGGAUCUGUCUCGCACCUCCAAGACCACUACAUCUGUGUACCUGCUCUUCAUCGCCAGCAUGCUGAAAUCUGCAGGCACUAAUGGGCCACGGGUGCAAGGAGAACUGUGCACACUGUGCCGCCUGGCCCGCGAAGGCAUCUUAAAGCAUCAAGCACAGUUCUCAGAAAAUGACCUGGAGCAGUUGAAGCUUCAGGGCUCCCAAGUUCAGACACUAUUUCUCAGCAAGAAGGAACUGCCGGGUGUGCUAGAAAAGGAGGUCACCUACCAGUUUAUUGACCAGAGUUUCCAGGAGUUUUUGGCUGCAUUGUCAUACCUAUUGGAGACUGAGGGGGCACCUGCAAGAGGUGUGCAGAUGCUCCUGAACUCGAACUCAGAGUUGCGUGGUCAUCUUGCACUGACCACUCGCUUCCUCUUUGGACUGCUGAGUGCAGAGCGUAUUCGUGACAUUGAACGUCAUUUUGGCUGUGUGGUACCAGAGCGUGUGAAACAGGACACCCUGCGGUGGGUACAAGGACAGGGCCACCCCAAGGUGGCACCAGUAGGGGCAGAAAAGAAUGAUGAACUGAAGGACACUGAGGAACCAGAGGAGGAGGAGGAAGACGACGAAGACGAUGACCUCGACUUUGGACUGGAGCUUUUGUACUGCCUGUAUGAGACACAAGAGGAUGCUUUUGUUCGCCAGGCUCUCAGCAGCCUUCCAGAAAUGGUCCUGGAGCGAGUUCGACUCACCCGCAUGGACAUUGAGGUCCUGAGCUACUGCGUGCAAUGCUGCCCGGCUGGUCAGGCUCUGAGACUGGUCAACUGUAGGCUGGCAGAGGCAAAGGAGAAGAAGAAAAAGAAGAGUCUGGUGAAGAGACUGAAGGGUUCUCAGAACACCACAAAACAACCCCCAGUCUCCCUGUUGCGCCCCCUCUGUGAGGCCAUGACUGCCCAACAAUGUGGUCUUCAUAUUCUGAUCUUGUCACACUGCAAACUCCUUGAUAGUGUUUGUCGAGACCUCUCUGAGGCCCUGAAGCUAGCUCCUGCCCUAAGGGAGCUGGCCCUCCUCCAGAGCCGGAUCACUGAGACAGGCCUGCGUUUAUUGAGUGAAGGACUAGCUUGGCCCAAGUGCCAGGUGCAGACACUCAGGAUACAGCUACCUAACCUCCAAGAAGCAAUCCAAUACCUGGUCAUCGUGCUCCAGCGGAGCCUGGUCCUGACCACCCUGGAUCUCAGUGGCUGUCAGCUGCUUGGCUACAUGGUGGACUGCCUGUGUUCAGCCCUGAAGCACCCUACAUGCUGCCUAAAGACACUCAGUCUGACCUCUGUGGAGCUGAGUGAAGUGUCACUGAGGGAGCUUCAAACUGUGAAGGCAUCGAAGCCAGACCUGACCAUCCUACAUUCAAAACUAGGCACACAUCCGCAGCCUCUCAAGGGAUGAAACAGUGGAGGUAGGAACAGGGUAGAGGAUACUGCAACCAGAGCUCUUACGAAGAUGUCCUCCCCAUUCAACAGAAGGAAGAUGUCAGCUUCUCCCUCCAGACAAGUCUUUCAAGCCAAGAAGCCACAGAACAGCAAAGACCGAGGUAGAUAUAGGCAGUUCCUGAUAGGCCUGGCACAUGCCCUGGCUUGGACACUAUAAGCUUACUUGUGGCAGAAUUUCUGUUGGCCUGGAACCAGAGAAUUGGCAAUUAGCUCUAA